AUGCGCGCAGGGCAGGGGAGCGUUGAAGUCCCAGGCCCCGGCGAUGGCUGCCGGAAGAGGCCGGGAGAGCUAGGCGACCGGGCAACGGUGGCUUCCAGCGGCGCCGUCUCCUCCGGUUCUUUUCUGGGACCGUCCGUGCGGAUGGUCCCAAAGCGUCGAUCGUCGAGUCGGCGUCGAAGUAUGAAUACGCCGUGCCAGCCGCCUCACGAUUACGCUGGCGCGUCUCCCAGAGCCAACCUGCUCUUCCUCCGGUUGGUCCUGGCCAGCCCAGCCCAGCCCGCCUCCCGCUCCAGCGACCUAGCCUCGCCCCCUCCCCAGACCCUUUGCCAGAGAUCCGACAGGAGCGUAGCAGGGUUGGGGGCGCCCCUGCUUUCUGGGGUGGGCGUUCCCUUCCCUGGGGGAGCGCUGCCUGCCCUGCCCCGGGAGGGGAAGGAGCAGAGCCGGGGGCUGGGCUGGCUGCACAGACGCCUCCCUCUCCUCCUCCUCCGGCUCGACUGUUGCAGGGAUCACCCCCCUCCUUCUCCCCCGCAGGCGGUCCAGCCGGUCGACUCCGGCUCAUCCAUCCAUCCCCAAAAGAAAGCCGCUCAUCGGGGGCUUCCUGGGUGGAUCUGCCGGCAGAAGUUUGCAUGGAGACCCAGUCGUGAUGAAUAUUUGAGACCCAGUCUGGAAGCGGUGGCUUGUCUCUGUGUAGGUCCUUUGCCACCAGUUUGGUCGUCUGGCUCACAAAAUCCUGUUUUGAUUGGCCGCCUGCCCUCCUCUCUUCUCCCUUCAGUGUCUUGGCAGUCUCCAAACUCCCACAGUUACCCAGAUAUGGAAGCUGUACCCCUGUUGCUGAACAGCAUGAAGGCGGAUCCUGAAGAGGACUCCUUGUCCACAGACCAUUUCCAAACACAAACUGAGCCAGUAGACUUGUCAAUAAACAAAGCCCGGUCGUCCCCUAUUGCUGCUUCAUCGUCCCCAGUCUCCAUCACUGCGUCAGCCUCGUCUCCUUCCUCCACUUCAACGUCUUCAAGUAGACCAGCAUCAUCACCAACAGUAAUAACGUCAGUGUCUUCAGCAGCAUCCGCUCCAUCAGUAUUAACUCCAGGCCCACUUGUGGCAUCUGCGUCGGGCGUUGGAGGGCAGCAGUUUUUGCACAUAAUCCAUCCAGUUCCACCAUCUAGCCCCAUGAACCUACAGACCAACAAAAUGAGUCAUGUACACCGCAUUCCAGUGGUGGUUCAGUCAGUACCUGUGGUCUACACAGCUGUGAGGUCACCGGGGAAUGUGAACAACACUAUAGUAGUACCGUUAUUGGAGGAUGGGAGAAGUCAUGUCAAAGCACAAAUGGACCCACGUGGCCUGUCUCCCAGGCAAAUUAAAAGCGACAGUGAUGACGAUGACCUGCCAAAUGUGACCUUGGAUAGUGUUAAUGAAACUGGAUCCACCGCCCUGUCUAUAGCCAGAGCUGUUCAAGAUUCAAUUUUGCCAUUCAGCAUUGAGAGCACAAGACGCCAGAGAAGAUCUGAGUCCCCCGACUCGAGAAAGCGCCGGAUCCACAGGUGUGACUUCGAAGGAUGCAACAAGGUGUACACAAAGAGCUCCCACCUGAAGGCUCACCGGAGGACGCACACAGGAGAAAAACCAUACAAAUGUACGUGGGAAGGCUGUGCCUGGAAGUUCGCUCGUUCAGAUGAAUUGACGAGGCACUACCGCAAACACACGGGAGUCAAACCGUUCAAGUGCGCAGACUGUGACCGCAGCUUUUCCCGUUCGGAUCACUUGGCGUUGCACCGCCGGAGACACAUGCUUGUCUGAGAAAAAAAUGCUACCUUGUGAAAAAAAAAUUGGAAGUACCGAGAGCUGGGUCUCUUUUAUCUCCAGUGAAUUCAGCAGGGCUGAAUCCCGUUUUGAUGGCGUUAGCACAAAAGAGAGGCGUUCUGUGUUGUCCCGUAGACAACGAAAGCAGGAAAUGCCGUGCCACUCUUCUCCCUCUUGUCUGAAGUUGGCUUUCCAGCAUGGGCAAAGUUAUCCUCUUCAACCAGGAGAUAAUGAGCCCCCCCCCCCCAAAUGCCACAAGAUUGGACAUCGUUUUUCACCCCGUGUCCUUUUAAAAAAUAUUUAUGGUGUGCACCUUUUGGGAACCAUCACGUUUUUUUCUCCUAACGUAUGAGUGCUAUCACAAUGGCCAGACAUCACAGACUUUUGAAAUGAACAAGCCCUCUGGACCGCCGCUGCUUUUACUUUUUUCUUUCCCUUUUAAUUGCUAUUAAAACACUUGCAGUACAUCACCAUACACCUGAUUGUUGAGCAAUUAACAAUCACCAAAGCCAGAAUAUACGGUCUGGGAAGAGGAAAUAUUACAAAAUAGAGCUCUUCAAAAUGAAGGGAUUCCUCUGUACACAUAUGCAAUAAAAGAUGGUGGUAUUUUUUUCACAUUUACCCCCUUUUUAUGGAUGCCACUACAAGGGUUACCUUUCCUUUUUUUUAAAAAAAAAGCCCCUAUUUUUUGUUCUUGGGAUCUAUAAAACAGGCACCAGUAAUAUUUCAAUGUGACAUAACUCUUUUACAUCUACUUGUUUGAUUUUGAGUAGGAAAGACCCUUUAAAAAUGUACUACCCUGUGCUUAGUAGCACCAUUGUUAGCCCAAAUGCACCAACCCUAACCCUAUUUGCCUGAAAAUAAGGACUGAUUCACACAUGCUUGUUCAUCACUGAAUUGCUUAGCAUUUGGUAGCUGAAUGCCUUGUAAAGAAAGGAAGGGAAUGAGUUUGUUUAUCACUUUGAGACUCCUUAUAAAAAGUGAAGUAUAAAUCCAAACUCUUCUUCUUCUUUAAGAUGAUGUGCAGUGAUAAAACUUCCUGAACUGUGUUGCCUCAUUCACACAUGCAAGAUCAAUUGACAUCAUCAUAAGAAGUGAUCAACGUGUAUGUGUGAAGUGAUCCCUCUGUACCCCUGGAGAACUCAUAUCCAGUAUAAAUGUGCUUAGUCUAAGAGCUUAAGAUUAACUUAACAGGAACCUGCCAUUAAAGGGAAAUGAAUGCAAAGCCCAGGACGCAGGGGGAAGAACUACUCUUCCUCAGUUUCAUGAAGUCUCAAAGCGCUGGCCGUUUGCUAAAGACAAAACCCGCAGUAUCCAUGAAGUUAAGUGUGGCUGAGUCAUGGGGAAGGCAGUGGGACCAUGGUGGUUGUGAAGAAUCUUCUCUUACUUUUCAUGGGAUGUACAAUGCCAUUCUAAGCAGGUCUACUCUGAGUCCCUCUCUGGUCUACUCAAUGGGACUGACUCCUGGGAAAGUUUCUGCUAGGGUGCAUCCAUGCAUUAUUGGAUGAAGCUGCCUGAUAUUGAAUUAGGCCAUUGGUUCAGUAUUGUCUACUCCAGGGGUAGGGAACCUGCUGACUCGAGCCGCGAUAUGUCUCUGUCUUGCCCCUUUGCACGCUGUGGCUCGCAUGAGCCAGAGCCGC